AUGAUGCUGCUCUUCAGCAUAUCACUGUUAUGGCUAUGCCAGACAGUGCUAGCCCAAUAUUCCAGCGAUGAUCUGAUGUCAUUCGUUACACUCCCAGAUGUGAGGGCAGUCAAAUUCAACGUCCACUACUUGAAUCGCGAACGCGCCAGUCCCGGUUACUGGUUCGUCGCGCCCUACCUACACAUCGACCCCGAUGCGCCGACGAGUCUAUACGAGCAAUACCAGAUUGGUCCCCAUAUCUACGAUGGCGAAGGGCGUCUUAUUUGGACUGGCGCUCAACAGUUCGAGAAUCGGAAUGUUUUCGAUUUCAAAGCGGUCACUAGCCUAUCCUCCGAGCCGCAACUCUCAUUUAUCUUAGGACACUCGUAUGAUGCGGCAGAGGACUCUGGUUAUGGAAUGAUUCUGGAAAAUAAUUAUGAAGUGCAACGCAAACUCCCUCUUCGACAAGACCUUGGUAUUUUCGACAUUCACGAGUUCAAGAUCCGUGAUGAUGGUAAGACUGCGCUGGUCACGGUCUACCUCUCUCAUGAGAUCACUCUACACGAAUUCGGUCGGCCCGAAGAAUCCACCUGGCUUGAGAGCGGUGGAUUUGCGGAGAUUGACAUUAACACUGCAGAAGUCAUUCAGUGGUGGGAUUCCUUUAAUCGAAUUCCUCUGCCCGAGAGUGUUCAUUACCACCCAGAUUCGCGGGUGGAGGGACACCCAGGGUGGGACUAUGUGCAUAUCAACUCAGUUGACAAAAACGAGGCUGGCGACUACUUGAUUUCAGCACGAUUUACGAACACAAUUUACCUUAUCUCUGGCAUUGACGGAAACAUCAUGUGGCGGUUGGGCGGACAAUUCUCUGAUUUCGAGCAAGACUUCACGUUCUCGAAACAGCACGACGCGAAAUUUGUGACGUCUAGUGGUACACACCACAUUAUCUCGUUCUUGAAUAAUGCCUCGGACGAGGAAUUCAACGAGGAGAACAUGUCCGCAUCCCUCUUUGUCGAAUUGGAAACCAGUGUUCAGCCUAUGACGGCCAGAAUCAUUGGGCGGUACAAUCGCCCCGAUCACUCGCUUUCGAGACUUCGCGGUAAUACUCAGCUCCUUCCGGAUGGUAAUGUCUUCACCUGCUGGAGUAAGGAGGGCUAUAUUUCAGAACACACUCCCGAGGGAGAGCUCGUGAUGACGGCCAACUUUACCUCUUCACGCUACUCCUCCUACCGUGGAUACAAAUUCGAAUUUACCGGCCGCCCAGAGACUCCCCCCGACAUGGUAGCCUCGGUCUACGGUACCGACGAAACCAACAUGGUGACGACGUUCUGGGUCAGCUGGAACGGAGCCACGGACGUCGCAGAGUGGCAUUUCUACGCCCAGGCCUCUGAGUUCCACGUCCCUGUUUUCAUUGGCAAAGCUCCUCGAGUUGAUUUUGAAACCAUGUUUAUUGGCGCAGGCUAUCUAGACUGGGUAUCUGUCAGGGCAGUAGAUGUCAAUGGCACCGUACUGGGCACGUCCGAAGUCCACCGCAGCAAAUAUCCCGACUGGAAGUCUACUGGAUACAGGGGCAAGUCGGGCACACCCCUACCGAUCAACCCAUCAAUCCUUAGCAAGGGCAGCGACAGUACAGAUGAAGACAACGUGGUUUACGAGGCUGGUCGCACGUCGUCGGAUGCCAUCGAUACCCAAAACCACAAAACCAUUCAAGUUUUGAACCUCACAUACGAUGCUAUCCGCAGCAUUGGUGCAGUGUUCUCCUUUGUCUUGCUGAUAUGUUUGUUCUGCGGUGUUGUCGCAAGCUACCUGGUCAUCCGUGGCUGGCGGGUCCGGCUAUACCAGAGUGUCGGUGUAGAGCAGGGGUUUGCAGGGGAGAGCGCGCCUCUCAGAUCGCAUGAGGAUUGA